AUGGUCGUUCCAGAGGUCAAAGACCAACUAACGCGCCGUCGGGAACGAGGCCGCCGCUCGCAGGCAGCGUUUCGCAAGCGCCAAGCGCAGUCUGCUCAGGCACUAGCCGAUGAGUAUAUUCGCCUUAGGGAAGGUGUUCAGCGAUUGCUGGAAGAAGUUCGGGGCGAUGAGAGACCUGAGAUGGUUGUUAUCAUACAGGAAUUGGCUGCGGCAGCUGAGCUUGAUUUUCCUACGACCUUGUCCCAGAAAGCGUCUUCGCAGAUAACGGAGGUGUCAGAGAGCACCUCAGAUACAGCAGCUGAUAUGUGUUACACAAGCAAACUACCCGACCCAUAUGCGGAUCUUUUGCUCUCUACAAAUCUCCUUCCGAAUUGCACCACCACACAAUAUCGCCUGGACUGCAGCGUAUGGCUGGAUCCACUACAUUACCUACGAGUCUCACUACCACCUCAAGACAUCCUUCCCUACCUUGGACCAGGCGCAGAGUCCUUCGGAGGCCUUCUCUUCUGGUCUGUCAUGGAACAUAGCCAAAGUGGGUGCGUGAACCACGAUACAGCAAUCAUCAAGUCGAGCCUCGGUCAUUCUGAAGCAACACAAGACAUCAAACCGUCGUUUGUUCAUACCAUGGUCAGGGCAAGAAUAGAGUACAGGAAAACCGGCUCCAUUAGUCAAGAGCAUGCGGUGGCUGCAGAGAAUGAUCUAGGUUUGGUUUUAUGUAACCUUGUUGAGGCUGAUUAUCGAUCAAAGGGAAAAGAUCCUAAUCAGUGGUUGUCAUGUGUCGCUAUUGAAAAACGCAUUCGAAAGGCAGUGGGAUAUCCCGGAGUUAGUGUUUUGGUCAGGGUUGCGAACCGCCAAGGAACUUCUGCUUUGCAUUCAUUGUUGGGAGAGGUCUUGUGCAAACUCUAUGACAGCUGCGUCUGCUUUGGAGACGGUCCUCGCUGGAAUGUCGAGGUUGUGGAUAGGCUGUUUGCGCCGUUGAUAAUGCAAGCCCUUCUGGCAUAG